AUGACAAAAACAGAAAAAAAUAUUCCAAAGAGCGUAAACAUGGCCUCGCGGUGUAAUCACGCUAUUCAGCGAGUUUUAGCAAAAUUAGAAGCAUCCAUAAAUUCGGAAAAUUAUUAUGAAGCUCAUCAAAUGUAUAGAACUUUGUACUUCAGAUAUCUCGGCCAGAAAAAAUAUUCGGAACUUUUGGAAUUACUAUACAAUGGUUCUACUCUUUUAUUACAACACGAGCAACAUGCAAGUGGAGCUGACUUAGGAAUUUUAUUUGUAAAUGUUUUAACACAAUCAGGAACAGAACCUUCUCAAGAUUAUUUUGAAAAAAUUACAAGCUUGUUCAGUUUAAUGAGCCCCAUAUCACCUGAAAGAGAUGUAUUUGUACAAUCUGCUCUUAGAUGGAGUAUAAAGAGUACAGAAUAUAAAACAGGUCAUCCAGAUUUACAUCAAAAGAUAGCACAAGUAUUUUGGAGAGAAAAAAAUUAUGUAAUGGCAAGACAGCAUUUUAUAUAUAGUAGAGAUGGUUCUGGAUGUGCUGCAAUGCUUGUUGAGCUCCAUGAACAACGUGGUUACAAAAAUGAAAUAGAUCUUUUUAUAGCCCAAGCAGUUUUGCAAUAUCUCUGUUUACAAAAUAAAACAACUGCUCAGGAAGUUUUCAAUUCUUAUACAUCGCAACAUCCAAAAAUAAACAGUGGUCCACCAUAUCUUCUUCCUUUAUUGAAUUUUUUAUUUUUUUUAUUGAAAAUAGUUGACAGUGGUAAAUUCGCUGUGUUCACAGUACUUUGUGAACAAUAUCGAAUAUCUUUAAAUAGAGAUCCGUGUUAUCGACAGUACUUAGACAAAAUAGGGCAAUUAUUUUUUAAUGUUCCAUCCCCACGUCCUCGUAAUCAGGGAUUAUUUGGUACACUUUUACAAUCUUUUUUUAAUGGUCUUGAAGAUGAAGGUUCAGAUGAUGAACAGAGAAACACAGCUUCAACUUCACAAACAGCACAAGAGCUUGACUGAUUAAAAGUUACACGUCACUGUGCAAUGUGAUGAAAGUAAAAAUAAAUUUUAUAUCUGUAUAUAUAUAUACAUAUAUAUGCAUGUAUGUAUAUAUACAUAUAUAUAUGACAGUGUCCCAUAUAUUUUCAAUACACAUAUUGUGUUGAUCUGUUAGAUCUUCAAAUACUACAUUGAAAUUAAUUUUCUCAAAUAACCUGUACAGAUAAACUUAUUUAAAAUAAAAAUAUGUGGGAUGCAUUUCUAGAGGAAUUUUUCAAAGUUAUAAGUUAAGAACAGUUUCUGAAAUUCAUUCAUUCAUCAAAAUACAAAUUUAGAAAAAAAAAAUAUUUAUGAAAAAUGAGGACUUCACAUACAUGUCUUUCUUUCUAUUGCCAAGGUCUUUUUUGAUACUAUAUUUGAACUAUUAUUUGAUAUAUUGAAACUUAAUUGAAACUUUCAAAUUAUACAUAUAAAAUCCUAUAAAUAUUACUGAAGCUUAAAAGCAAACUUGAACUUUGAAUAAAAUCCUUGUACUAAUAAUCUAUAUAUGACAAUGUAUGUUAAAAAAAACAUGUAUUUGAGUGUAAUUGCUGAAAUGAAGAUUUAUUUUAUAUAAACUUAAUCGUGUGACAAAUAAACGUGACAUAUACACACCUGUAGUUACAGAGAAGGAGUGCUUAAUGGUAUUACUUGUUGCUGAAAUACUAAAUGAAUGAAAUUAUUCAUACGUAAGUAACUGUCAUAGCAGCAAGUAAAAUUAUUUAUUUAUCAAACUCUAUACUAAUAUGAUUUAUAUUGUUUAAAAAUUUUAGCGAAAAAUAGAAUAUAUAUUUAAUUAUGAAAAUAAGGUGGCCAUGAUUCUGUAAGAAAGCACUUUUCAAUACUAAUAAGAAGAAUGUACAAUUGCUGUGUAUUGAACGGAAAAUUUUAGG